AAACAACUCCAUCCCACCCUCCCAAGUCCCGACUCUCCCGUUCCGUUGCAAAAUCCCCCAAUUCAAUUCCCUCACUCGCUCGCUCCCUCUCCGGCGUGCUCGUGGGAUCCGCUGGAGAAGGAGCCACGCCGGAGAAGGAGCAGCGGAUGUCGUCGUCCAACCUCGAGCAAUAUCUGGCCGCCGCCCUCUGCCGUCACACCCCCGCUGCCGCUACCGCCACCGCCGCGCCUGCUGGAGCCGGGGGAGGGACGCCGGAUCUGGCGGCGGUGGCGAUUCAGCGCCAAAAGGCCGCGCAGCGCGCCAGGUUCACGACGGCCGCGUUCUCCGCGGAGUUCGCCCCGGCCCGGUCCCUCGCCGACCAGUACUUCUCGCGCCGAGAGCAGGUGAAGGGACUCGAGGAUCAGCUCCGGGACAUCCAGUCGCAGCGCAGCGAGGCUGCCACACUGCAGUCGCGGAAGGAACCGAAAAUCGAGCGUGCCACAGAGUUCAUCUCGGAGGCCACGGAUAGGAAUGAGCAGCUCCGUAGCUCGGUGGCGGAUGUCAGGGAGAAGAGGAACUUGCGUGCUACAAUCACAUCCCAGGAACUUCAAGCUCUCCAGUCACUUGAAGCAGAGAGUAAUGAAGGUGCCGAGACGAAUGACAAGACACUAGAAACUAUUCUCUGGUAUGAGAAGUUCCUUGGCUUCCGGAUUGUCGUAGGUAAAGAUGUGAAGUUUGUUUUCAACAAGAUUCCACAACGUCGAGAGAAGGAGUACUCGUUUCGUGUAAGUCGGAGUUUACAAUUAAUCGAAUGUGAUCCUCACGUCAAGGAUAUUGAGGAAUUGGCGAAGGAUUUGGAUUUGAAUGAACAUCUCUUCAAGUUUGCAAGAAUGGCCAGAGAGAAAUUCCAGUCUUCUUUCAUGAAUGGGACUCUUCCUGGAACCCCAGAGACCCUUCCUGUAAGCAACAGAAGUGAGGACGCUCACAAUGAAACCCAAUCCUCAAGCAAGAAAAAUGUGCAGUUACUUCCUGUUAAGAAAGAAGACACAGCCCUGUUAGGAGCGUCUCCUGGUGUUCGGCGUCGUUCUAAACGUCUCAAGGGAAUGCGGUGAGCUAGUAGCCGAAGUAGAUUCUGACCUGGAUCUUGAACCCAGUGAUUAGCUGAUGUUGUGGUGAUUUUUUCUUAUGGUGCUUCUCUUUCUUUUAAUUUAACUGAAACCUAGAAGGGUACGGUGGUUCGGUUGGCAGUUGGCCAAGCAGAGUGGCUAACUUGGCUUGUAAUAUUUUGUUGUACUCUGCUGUAGUGGAUGAGGCCUCAUGGGUCGUGCUCUGGUUUAUGGUGUCUAUAUGUAGCAAGCUUAUGAGAUUUUAGCAACCACGAGCUCGUUGGUUGCCGCUAGCACUUAACCAAAUUAUCUGAUAUUCAUACCCA